AUGAAAAUAUGUGGCGGAAGCUGCAGGGCUAGCGAGAAAAAUGCGGAAACAGCACAUAAAGCGUGAAGCAGCAGUGAUUGAGACACUUCAGUCGUGUCCCAUCAGCUGUGUCAACGAACCCGACACGCUCAGCGCCAACAACGACAGCCUACAGACGACGCCGGAUAGCACACUGCAGAAGCCGUCCCAGCAGCAACGCAACAACGAGACGCACAACAAUCAUAAUAAUCAUAAUAAUAACAACAACAAUAACAACAACAAUCACAUAAGCAACAGUCACCUAACGAACAGCGCCACAAGUGACACAUCAUCAGCGUCCUUCCAGCAGCGUUUCGAUUUCAAUCGUUUGAAGGCGCGACUGCCCGAACUCAAUUGUCUACACAGUUUGCAACGUUAUUGGCAGCAGCAACAACAACAGCAAUCACAACAACCACAUAACGAGAAUAUCGACAGUGACAUCUUAACCGGGUCACACAGAGAUGAGUCCGGUGGUGGCAACAGCUCAUAUUACACCACCAACAUAUUAGGCUGCACCAUCAGUUAUCCAUUCGGCAAGGAGCCAAAGUCGGACGGCGCCAAGGAGACGCCAUUGCAAAAGUUCUAUCGCCAUCAGCAGCAGAAGAAAAUGCCAGCAUUUCGUGGUAGGCGCGGCUGGUGUGGGUGCUUUCAGGAUGACGAACCACCGGAGAUUUGUGUGGUUGAAGGCGCUUUCACGCUACAAACACUCACACCCACACAACCAAUGCCACCCGUGGACGAGUUGGAUGCGAAAUUUGCUGAACUCGUCGAAGAACUCGAUCUGACGGCGCCCAAUAAAGAGGCCAUGCUCAAUUUACCGCCACAAAAGAAAUGGCAAAUAUACUGUUCACGCAAACAACCGAUCGACACUACAGAUGGUAACACCACAUCAAUCACACAACCACCCACAGCUGAGUACUACAUUGAAUACCUAAAGACCUUAGUGCGUUAUGUGAGUCUCAGCUUCGAAGAUUCCAACAGUCAUGAAUAUUAUAUGCGUAUCGAGGGUCAUGGACCGUUUCUUGACGCGUUGAAAACGGCGUUACGCACAUCGGCACACAGCUUUGUCUUGCGUUUUGUCGAUCUGGAUGGGUUGCCUUGUUUACUAAAUCUGCUGCAGAAGAUGGACAUAUGCGUCGUGAAUAGUUUACUGCAUACGAGAAUUAUUGGUUGCAUCAAAGCGUUGAUGAACAACUCGACCGGACGCGCGCAUGUACUGGCGCAUCCCACUUCCAUCGACACCAUCGCACGUUCGCUGGUGGCGGACAAUAUCAAAACGAAAAUUGCGGCAUUGGAAAUUCUGGGCGCUGUCUGUUUGGUGCCAGGCGGACAUCGCAAAGUAUUGCAUGCUAUGUUGAACUUUCAGGAAUACGCGGCGGAGCGCGUGCGGUUUCAGACCGUCAUAAAUGACCUGGAUCGCACGAGGGGCACCUAUAGCGACAAUAUCAAUCUGCAAACCGCCAUCAUGUCAUUUAUCAACGCCGUGCUCAACUAUGGACCCGGCCAAGAGAGUCUCGAGUUUCGUCUACACUUGCGUUAUGAGUUUCUCAUGCUCGGCAUACAACCGGUCAUCGAUAAACUGCGCAAGCACGAGAACGAAACACUUGACAGGCAUUUGGAUUUCUUCGAAAUGGUGCGCGCCGAGGAUGAAAAGGAGCUGGCGCGCAAGUUUAAUCACGAACAUGUGGAUACGAAAAGCGCAACGGCUAUGUUUGAUUUGCUGCGUCGCAAAUUGAGCCACUCGCCCGCGUAUGCACAUUUAUUAUCGCUGCUAGAGCACAUGCUCUUGCUGCCAUAUACUGGACCUUGCACACAGCACUGGCUGAUGUUCGAUCGCGUCGUGCAACAGAUCGUCCUACAGUCAGAGGGGCGACCACAAAGCGAUAUCGAUCCCGAUGAUCCCAAUAAAGAGAAGCUAUCCUCGCUAACACGGCGUGAUCCCGAUGUCGCGCCACUACAAAUAAACGUUAGCGAAAUCGUGCAAUUGCUGGUGAAAGAAGAGGAACUGACACAGGCGCGCAAACGUGCCGACGAACUGGAGCGUGAAAAUUUCGAAGUGCAAUCGCGUCUCGCCAAAAAGGAACAAGAGCUGGAUCAACGUCAACAGGAAAAGGAGGAUUUGGAGACAAGUUUGGCGCGCAUGCGUGAACGUCUGGAAAAGGAGUCGGCGAAUCAUUCGCAAGCCGUACAACGCGCACAGACCGCAGAAAUGAAGGCGGAGGAUCUGCAACAUCGUCUCAUGACCGAACAACAAGAGCGCACACGUCUCGAACGGCUAGUCACCGAAGGUAGCAUACCGGACGACCAAAAGGUGGCCGGUCUUACCGGUUGCAAUGGCGCCGUAUCACCACCACCACCGCCGCCACCGAUGAAGGCAAUGCCACCACCACCGCCACCGAUGGCUGCAGCGCCGCCGCCACCACCUCCAUGUCCCGGUGCACCACCACCACCCGCCAUGGCGCCAACAAUGGCGCCGCCACCACCUAAAACUGAGGUGCCCAAAAAGAAUGUGCCACAACCUUCGAAUCCGCUAAAGAGCUUCAAUUGGUCCAAAUUGCCCGAUGCCAAGGUGCAAGGUACGGUCUGGAGUGAAUUAGACGAGUCAAAAUGGUACAAUAACAUGGAGUUGGAGUCGAUAGAUAAACUCUUCUCGGCAUAUCAAAAGAACGGCGUGGUUAAUGACGGCUCUGUGGAAGAUCUAAGAGUUAUGGGCAAACAGCGCACAAAGAUACUCUCCGUUAUCGAUGGACGACGUGCACAAAAUUGCACGAUACUCUUGAGCAAAUUGAAGAUGAGUGAUGAGGAGAUCUCCAAAGCCAUUUUGUCAAUGGACAGCAAUGAGCAGUUAGCUCUUGACAUGGUGGAACAACUGCUGAAGUUUACACCCUCGGCUGAGGAGCGCGCACUACUGGACGAACACAGCGAAGAUAUUGAGUCUUUGGCUCGUGCGGAUCGCUUUCUUUACGAAAUUUCUAAAAUCCCUCACUAUGAGCAGCGUUUGAAGAGUCUUCACUAUAAGAAACGCUUUAUGAUCACGGUCAAUGAUCUGAUACCGCGCAUACGCAGUGUUAUGGAGGCAUCACGCGAGAUAGCGCGUUCGAGACGUUUACGCAAGUUACUGGAACUUGUGCUGGCGUUGGGUAACUACAUGAACCGUGGAGCGCGCGGCAAUGCCUCUGGCUUCCGGCUCGCUUCGCUAAAUCGUCUAGGUGACACCAAAUCCAGCGCCGCCAAAGGUACCACGCUAUUGCACUAUCUGGUGCAAAUGAUCGAUAAGAAAUUCAAAGAUUUGCUCAAACUUGAGGAUGACAUACCGCACGUACGUGAGGCGUCCAAAGUCUCGCUUGCCGAGAUGGACAAAGACAUACAAAUGUUGCGUACCGGUUUAGCGGAUGUGGCGCGUGAAAUCGAAUUCCAUCGCUCUGCGGGACCAGCACAAACGGGCGAUCGCUUUCUACCUGUUAUGCGCGAAUUCCAUGCGCAAGCUUCGGUGCGUUUCGCCGAAUUGGAAGAUAAAUUCCAGGAUAUGAAGACGCGUUUCGAUCGCGCCGUACGCCUAUUCGGUGAAGACGGCGCUGUGCUACAACCCGAUGAGUUCUUCGGCAUUUUCGACACAUUCUUGACCGCGUUCACAGAAGCGCGUCAGGAUAACGACAACUUCCGUAAGCGUCUGGAGGAGGAUGAAAAACGUGCCAAACAGGAGGCUGAGCUUAAGAAACGCACCAUCGAGCGCAAGAACAAAGAGGGAUUAAUGUCGUCGGUGGCGCGCAAUUUAGGCCUUACGUCGUCUGCGAGUACGACGGGUCGCGAUUCGCCGGCGAAGACAGGCGACAACAAUAAAGGCGAGUUCGAUGAUCUAAUAUCGGCGCUGCGUACCGGCGAUGUCUUCGGUGAGGAUAUGGCGAAGUUUAAGCGCUCGCGUAAGACGCGCGCCAGCAAUGGCAGCGCGUCACCGCCGCGGCAUGGACUGCAUCGUGAGGAAAGUCGCGAGCGCACAGUGCGACGACAGUGAGCAGUUUUAAGCAGCGCAAGCGCAAAUUAGUAGGAAUUCUAGGUGCCGUGUAAGCGGAAGCUUUUUGUAUUCAGAUAAAGAAUAAUCUCACUGUAAUGAUAAUGACGCAGCGCAGACUGCGUAGCAAUUAGUUAUUGAUAUAGAUGGAUAAAGAA